AUGAGUUCGUAUUUUGUGAACCCCACUUUCCCUGUUUCACUGCCCAGUGGCCAGGACUCCUUCCUCGGACAGAUCCCACUCUAUACAACGGGGUAUGAUGCUCUAAGGCACUUUCCAGCUUCCUAUGGGGCAGCGACGCUCCAGGACAAGAGUUACUCGUCACCUUGUUAUUAUCAACAAUCCAACUCAGUAAUAGCUUGCAAUCGUGCAUCGUAUGAGUAUGGAGCUUCGUGUUUCUAUCCUGAAAAGGAUCUAACCAGUGUUUCGCCAUCCGGUAGUGGAAAGCAUAGAGCCCAGGAUGAAUUCUUUUCCUCAGACCAACAUUACAAAACAGAUUGUGCGCAAAACAAAAUUUUAAGUGAAGAAGGAAACGACCGGAAGUACAGUACUCCAAUUUAUCCUUGGAUGCAACGAAUGAAUUCAAGUUCUAGUUCUGUAUUUGGGCCACAUGGGCGUCGAGGACGACAGACCUAUACACGAUUCCAAACUCUUGAGUUGGAGAAAGAAUUUCACUUUAACAGAUAUUUAACUAGACGCCGCCGGAUAGAGAUUGCGAACGCCCUCUGCCUCACAGAACGUCAGAUCAAGAUCUGGUUUCAGAAUAGGAGAAUGAAAUGGAAAAAGGAAACCAAACUUCUAAAUACAACAGAAUCCAACAGCGAAGAUGCAGAGGAUAAAACAGGGGAGUAAGAGCGCGAAUUUGAAAGAAGUUAGUCUGGGCCUUUCUGUUUGGUAGUGAGUUAUUAUGUGCUCAUCCUGCUAAACAGUGCGGAAAAAAAUAUUCGUAUUUCUGUUUGCUUUCGUUGCCCCUCUCUUUGAGUUUGUGUCAAUGUAUAAGUGGUAGAGGAAGUGUUCAAAUAACUCUGCAUUCCACAGGAUACUAUAAUUAUACGGUAUUUAGGAUUAAUUGUUUUAUAAGUGCGAAGUGUGAAUGUUUCUGC